CUGUUCUUCGUAGUUUGUUUGUUUUUUUCAUUUGCGGUGAGAAAAACGCAGCAACCGGUUUAAAGAAUUUUUGUUAAUUGUUCACAAAUACACGAACUAAUAGUUUUUAAAAAGCAUAUCACAGCGCAGAGAACCCUUCAUUCACUUCAGUGCCGGCAGAGAACAACCAACGAAUACAGCGACAGUGACUAAUUGUGCAAUAAUUGAAUAUUGAUUGAAUUCUUGGAAAAUCCCAUUGAGAUAUAUCUGCAUAUACCACAUCUGGAAAGAUGUCGCAAAUUACAGGACGAGCUCUACAUUAUGUAUUCAAAAUUGGCAAUCGGGCAAAGAAUUCCCAUUUCUUUAGGAAUAUACUUGGCAUGAAGGUAUUGAGACAUGAGGAGUUUAAGGAGGGUUGCGAAGCUCAGUGCAAUGGGCCUUAUGAUAAUCGCUGGAGUAAAACAAUGGUUGGCUAUGGCCCCGAAUCUACACAUUUUGUUUUUGAGCUGACCUAUAAUUAUGGUGUUUCCAGUUAUGAAAUGGGUAAUGACUUCGCUGGCGUUGUAUUAAAAUCCCAAGAGUCCAUUGAACGUGCCUUGGCCAACAAUUACCCAAUGAGCGAUGUUGAUGGCAAAAAGCUGCUCAUCUCUCCAGAUGGCUAUAAAUUCUACAUUAUACCAGAACCACAACCAGAAUGUCGCGAUCCUGUGGUCAAUGUAGGCCUUCAUGUUACCAAUUUGGCAGAAUCUAAAAAAUAUUGGCAUAAUAUUUUACUUAUGAAGAUAGUAUCGGAGGACGAUACUUCUUUACUACUGAACUAUAGUGAUAUGCAAGCGGCAUUGAAUCUUAAACAAAUCUCCGAACCUCUGGAUAGAGCCAAGGCAUAUGGCCGCAUUGCCUUUUCGGUGCCAAAAGACCAACAACCCUAUAUAAAUGAGGUUAUCCAAGAGAAUAAUGGUAAAAUAUUAACACCUCUCAUUGAAUUGGAUACACCCGGCAAGGAAACUGUGCGUGUUAUCAUUUUGGCUGAUCCAGAUGGUCAUGAAAUUUGUUUUGUCGAUGAUGAGGGUUUCACCAAAUUGUCGGCCAUGGAAAAUAAUGCUGACCAGAAUUUGGACAAAUACAUUGGAAAAGAUCCCUUCCAAAAGGAAAUGGAUGCCCAGGAGCAAUAAACCAAGGAUAUUUUUAAUUUACUUUUGCCUUAGAUGAAUUUGUAACAUUGUAGCAUACCUACAGAGACACCAAUAAAAUUGGUGUCAUCUAUUGUCUAAUAAACACAGUAAUACAUCACCCACAAA